UGGAGCGCUGUUUCGGCUGGAUGUUAUUGAUCCACGCUAGUGAAUAAACGGAGAAGCGCGUUACACUUUUGGGAUUGGGAUUAAAAAGAGAAUCGAGAGAAUAUAUCAGUUUACACCGUUUACUCCAGAUAAAACAGGACGCGUCUGUAUAAGCAGCAUAUACAAGCCUCAUUAUAAAGAAUAUUUCUGUCUGGAGCGGGUUCACAUCACAACAUUACUGUGUUUUACAUUUAUCUGCAGAUAUGGACGAGGACAAUCAAGUACCUGAAGACCUGUCCAUAGAGGAGAGAGAUGAACUGACAAACAUACGACGCAGGAAAAAAGAACUGCUUGAUGAUAUUGAGCGGCUGAAGUUUGAGAUUGCUGAAGUGAUGACAGAAAUCGAGCAGCUCACGUGUGUUGGCGAGAGCAAAACAACACAAAGAAACAAACAAAUUGCCAUGGGACGAAAAAAAUUCAACAUGGACCCCAAAAAAGGGAUCCAGUUUCUGCUUGAGAAUGACCUCCUGCAGCAGACCCCUGAAGACAUCGCUCAGUUCCUCUAUAAAGGAGAGGGCUUGAACAAAACUGUUAUUGGGGAUUACUUAGGGGAACGGGAUGAUUUCAACAUCAAAGUGCUCCAGGCUUUUGUAGAGCUCCAUGAAUUUGCUGACCUCAACCUUGUUCAGGCGUUACGACAGUUUCUCUGGAGUUUCAGGCUUCCUGGUGAAGCGCAGAAGAUCGACAGAAUGAUGGAGGCGUUUGCGUCACGGUACUGCCAGUGCAACCCUGGAGUCUUUCAGUCCACAGACACAUGUUAUGUCCUGUCCUUCGCCAUCAUCAUGUUGAACACCAGUCUUCACAACCCAAACGUCAGAGACAAACCUGCUGUUGAGCGAUUCAUCUCUAUGAACAGAGGCAUUAAUGAUGGAGGAGACCUGCCAGAAGACUUGCUCAGGAACCUGUAUGAGAGCAUCAAGAGUGAACCUUUCAAAAUCCCUGAAGAUGAUGGCAAUGACCUGACACACACUUUCUUCAACCCUGACAGAGAGGGCUGGCUGCUUAAGUUAGGUGGACGGGUAAAAACUUGGAAGAGGAGGUGGUUUAUUCUGACAGACAACUGCUUGUACUAUUUUGAGUACACAACAGACAAGGAACCUCGUGGAAUAAUCCCUCUGGAGAAUCUCAGCAUUAGAGAGGUGGAGGAACCCCGUAAACCUAACUGCUUUGAGCUGUACAACCCCAACCAUAAAGGACAGGUGAUAAAGGCAUGUAAGACCGAGGCGGAUGGACGGGUUGUGGAGGGGAACCAUGUGGUCUACAGGAUAUCAGCACCAACACCAGAGGAGAAGGAGGAGUGGAUCAAAUCCAUAAAAGCGAGUAUCAGCAGAGACCCCUUCUACGACAUGCUGGCCACCAGGAAGAGACGCAUCGCCAACAAGAAGUGAAAUCUGCGUCCAAACCCCAUACACACACAAACACACUGCCUUCUGGGACAGCCUUUGUGUGAGUGUUUCUGACGUUUUAAAGGAGCAUUCUAAUGAAUUCAAUGUUUAUAGUUCCUUUCUUGUGUUUCUAUUCAUAUAAAAACAGCUGUCAUGAUCUGUUUGAAUUUGCAUGGAUGUCGGUUUGUAUACCAGGGCGGCUCACUUGAGAGUCCAAAGGAAGUUGUUUAAAGGCCAAAACAUACUCUACGCAAGAAUGUGAAUGCAGAAACUUUUAGCUACGCAAGCUUGAUUUUGUGCAUAGUUGCGCUCCAGAAUGUGUCAGACUGCAAUUCAUAACACAACGCAAGUACUUGUUGCAUUCAUUAGUGUUGCCACAAGGGGCGCUGUAGUGGACAUUAGUGUGAACUGUCCGCUUUUAUGGUGGGUUUUCUCUUUUAAGCCAACUACUGUCAGCAACAGUUUGUAGAGAAUAUUGCUGAGCUAGUAAGUUAAGUUAGUCAAUACAUUUAUAGCAACCUACCUUUUACAUAUGCUAGCAUAUGUGGACCGGGCAAGUGAUGUCAAUUUCAUCAUCAGCAGGUUGCACGAGCUCUGUACACACAUACAAUGUAUUAUUAGCGGGUCCACAAGGUGGCAAAACUCCCUGUUUGGCUAUUGCAAUAAACACUGGUGAACAACAGAAGACGAAGGUGGAAACAACAACAGUGGAUGUGCACAUCAAGAGCACAUGAGUGAGGAGGUUAGGAGAUACCUGCAUUUGUAUAAAUUCAGAUUGAAAGACCAUAAAGACAUUUUUAUGGGUCAAAACUCCUGAAGAGAAAUGGUCCAAUAUCUUAUAGCAGUCGUAGUGCGCAUGUGUCAAUCGGCUGUGUAUGUUUGCAUGGUCAAAUGGUAAAGCUAGAGCAUUUGACUAUACAUGUAAGCAUGUUCAACCAGACCAUGCGUUGUCAAUGUGUUCGCAUCUGCAUACAUGUACUUACGUAAAGUAUGUUUCUGGCCUAGAGGAAUAGUUCACCAAAAAUGAAAUUUUUGUCAUUAUUUACAAACCCUAACACAAAAGUAUACAUUUUUCAAGAAUUGUUACGCACCUUUUGCCACACACACACACAAAAAGCCACUUUUAAAUUUAUGAACAUGGGCUAAACGUGAACUUUGGGGAAGGGCAAUAUUAUUCGUGAAUAAUAACUUAACAUUGACGUCAUAUGACUUAAGGAAUAAAGACUUGGAAUAUAGUGCAUGAGUCAUAUGGAAUACUUCUGUGAUACUUUUUUUUUUUUUUUUGCUUUUUGGAGCUUGACAGUCCUGGUCCAUAUGAACUAUCAUUAUAUGUAAAAAAGCUGUGAAAAGAUUCUGAUGAGGGUGCGUACAUAAUUACAGAAUUGUCAUUUUUGGCUGUACUAUUCCUUUAAGAACUCUGACACCCUGUCUACACUGGACACAUCCAUUAACGCGACGGCUUGAGGCUUUUUACACUGGAAGCGUGGAAAUAAACUUUCUAAAUGACAUGCAGAAAGCUUGAGUAGACUUCAGCAACGGUUAAAUGGUGAAUAAUCUGUAUCUUUAUUUUCAGCAGAAAUGUUAUCACCAAUGGUAUAACUGGGCUGCACAAUGUAUCAAAAUCAUGAUACCGUCAUGUGAUUAUUAAACCGCAAAAGGCUGAUAAAAUGAAAUUAAUAGCCUACAUGGUCUAUGUGCACUUCAGGGUGAACGAUGCGCUGUUCUGCACGCAAAAACAACAACAACAAAAAAAGAAAGUAGUAUGCAUAAUAAUAAUAGUAAUAAUAAUAAUAAUAAUAAUAAUAAUAAUAAUAAUAAAAUAAAUAACUGUAUGAAUUAUACAAGGCAUAAUUACUUUAUGGAAACAAUAAAUAAAAAUAUAAAAAUGGGCUUUUUAUUUAGUUUGAACGCACGUACGGUUCAAGCCCCGCCCACAUCCGGUUAUAUCCAAUUACAGAUCCAGAUCAUUUUUGCCAUUGCAACAGGUACAGAUACAGAUAAUGGCUUCGCUGCACACCCCUACAGCAUAUACAUGUGGAUAGAAACCAAAGUUGAUUAAAUUAGUACAAUCAGCAACUUUACUGUAAUUUUUACUGUACACUGUAAAGAAAAUGUGAUUGCUAAUGCAGCGCACAUAAGCCCUUUUCACACAUACAGCCUUUCCCAGAAAAUGUACUGUAAUUUUCAUGUUUGAGGUCAUGUGUGAACACAACCUUUUUGAAAAUACUGGUAAAUUUGUUCUGGCAAUUUUCCUUAAUGAGAAGUUCUAUCAUAAGUACCUAUAAAUGUCCAUGUGUGAACAGCACAUGUGGUACAUUUACCAGUAAAGGCAACCCAACUAUUAUUUAACUAACUAAACAGAAACCAGGAGAAACAGCUCUCUACCAUUUUAAAACACAAACUCUUAUGUAUGUAUAUAAUCGUAAGUAACCGAAGAUAUUUAAAUAUGUAAUGAAUAAAACUCAAGGCAAAUAGAUUCACAUGGAAGGGAUAAUAAAUUGGCAGAAGUAGCUCUGCAGCUCGUCAACGAUGAACGCUUCCGGUGUAGACAGCAUGCAUAUUAGUGGGAGCCAUUGGCUUUGGAUGCGACGCGACGCUCGCGUCUGGUGUAGACAGUGCAUCACUUCAGAUGUCAGAUAGAAAAGCUAUCUAUUCCGAAUGAGACGUGAUCUAUUUACAAUCACUGACCAGCGGCCUGGCAGUGUGAUUAUACAGGGCUCUGAAACGGUAACCCGCCAUGACACCUGUGUGCAUGUGAUCACACAGUAAGCUUGAAUAAAUGUAAAUGAAUCUAAUGCUAAUACUAGGUGGCAGUCUGGAGUCAGCUGGACUGAUUUCAUGAGAAAUGACAAACAAAUGACAUACAGUAUAUAGUUUCAAUUUCUCAUGUACAUUAACCUUUCCGUUCUGAUUUUGAGUAUAAAAGACACUAUCUACUGUUACGGAUGAUGUUUUGAUGUGACAUGAAUGAAUUGCUUGCUUUUGUGUUCCCUUUACAAAAUAUAGUUAAAUAUCUUUUUGUAUUUAUUUUCUUUGUGAAAUGAUUUUAUUCUACUCUUAAUUGAUAUAGGUCUAAGUUAUGUGUAAAUACUGUAAACAUCUGUCUUAUUUUUUGUGUAAGUACAAUCUAUAGCAUAUAAAUCUACUGGUAAUUAUACAUCAUCUUUAAUGGUAGGGCUCUUUUGCUGAGAGGCCUUAAAAGCUAAUGUACUUAUGUCAGGGAAAAUUACCAUGUAAUUCUGGAAAUGCUUUUUUUUUUUUUUUUUUUCUAAA